GAAAUUCGUGUUCUUCGCAUUUAGUAUAAAUUAUGGAUACAUUAAAGAAGAACUGGUUCUCGGAGUCGUGUGAGCUGUGGCCAGGGAGUACAUUCUCGUUUGAAGUGAAGGAGGUGCUGCAUGACGAGCGCUCGGAUUUCCAGCUGAUCCAGGUGUACGACACUCCCAGCCUGGGCCGCGUGUUAGUACUGGACGGCAUCAUACAGUGCACACAGAAGGAUGAAUUCUCUUACCAGGAGAUGAUAUCAUUCCUGCCAUUGUGCUGCCACCGCAACCCUGAGAAGGUACUGAUAGUGGGCGGUGGGGACGGCGGCGUAGCGCGGGAUGUGGCCAAGCACCCGCAAGUUAAGGAAAUUGUACAGGUAGAAAUCGACGCAAAAGUCAUCGAAGUAUCAAAAAAGUACCUCCCAUUCAUGGCCGUGGGAUUCGAGAGCAAAAAGCUUACACUACAUGUGGGGGACGGAUUCGAAUUCAUGAAGAACCACAGCAAAGAGUUUGACGUCAUCAUAACCGAUAGCAGCGACCCAGUCGGCCCAGCGGUCAAUUUAUUCCAAGAAAACUACUUCGCCUUAAUGAAAAGUGCCUUAAAACCAAACGGCAUUGUUUGUUCCCAAGCGGGCACAUAUUGGGACAGUAUGGAAUUAGUCAAAAAUACCCUCAGAUUCUGCAAAAAUCAGUUCCCCGUAGCUGCGUACGCGUCUACGUCUGUGCCGACUUAUCCUUGCGGUCAAAUCGGUUUCGUCAUCGGCUCUUUAGAUGCAAAUGUCGACCUUAAGAACCCGGUAUCACGGUUUACUCUUGAACAAAUAAAGAAUAUGGACUUGAAAUAUUACAAUACGGAUAUUCAUAAAGCGGCGUUUGCGCUGCCCGCGUUUGUCAGUUAUGAAAUCGAUGCGUAGAUAUGCGUAUAGACUUUUAUUAAUGAUAAUUUUUAUUUUAUAAUGGUUCAAUAUACAUUCCGAAGCGUUUUAUUAAGACGAAAUAUAUGUUAGGGGCAGCUUCGGUCUGAGAAAGAUUGCCUAGGCCGGCACAGGGGCGCCCCUGUUUCGGAUUUUGACUAUAAAUAACUUCAUUAUCGAUUAAAACUCGAUGCAAAAUUGCUAUAAAUAGUAACUAAAGGUUGGUUCACCCUGACUUAGGCUUAGAUCUAUAGAGCGCACUUUGCUCAGACUUAAGACACUGUUAAAACAAGACAGCGCUAUACCGCUGGCAUAAAUCUGUCUCGUUUUAACUGAAACUUAAGUCUAAGCAAAUUCAACGUGGGUUCCAACCAGAGUUGAAGGGACGCGUCUAAAGACAUUUACGUGUAUUUCGUUUUAUUAAAAAACAAUUAUAGUUACGUACUUAGGUACUUAAUGUGCAUUUAAGUUUUCGAUAUAUGAACAGAUCUAUAUACUCGAAUUUAGAUGUAAGUGUUUUUAAUUAUUAUAAAUAGAAUACAAUAAAUAACUAUUAUUGGUAAAGAAAUUCAGACUGAAUAAUACUCGGCGAUAUUAAAUUACUUAUAUGUAACUUUUUAUACAUUCCACUAUCUUUAUGUAUCUACCUCCAUUUUUUAACGCCUGGGUGAUAUAUUAUUAUUAUUAAGUUGUUUUUAUUAUUUAAAAAAAUACGAAUCAAACUUCGUUUAUAUGGAACGCGUUAAAAGGGGUCUCUCUGUCACUCGCUUCAUACAAACGUAGUUCCAAUUUCAUUUCACGCAACCAAAGUCCAUGAAAUUUUGCAGACAUUCUAGAAACUAAUAUC